AUGCCCUCCAAUUUCUAUGAGUACCAGGGCAUAUGGGAGUCAAAGUUCAAAACAAACUUCCGCAUUACCCGCGACAGUGCAGAAUAUCUCGUCGCAAGGUAUUCCUCUAGCAGAUGGUAUGUAAAAAGGAGCUACAAGGAAGGCAGACUGCAAUCUACAGCGGAAACUCAUAUGCUUUCUUUUUUGUGGUUUAGCGCUAACAAAACGACGUUCAGAGAAGUAGCAAACCUUUUUGGCGUGACGUUGUCGAACAUUAAUUUAACCUUCAAUAAAGUUUUGAGUUUCUUAGUGGAAGCUGUGGCGCCGGAGUCAAUAAAAUUUCCAAAGGAAGGUGUUGAGAAAGAAGCUGUUGCGAGGGAAUUUGAAAAGAUUGCUGGGCUCCCAAACGUUUUGGGCUGCAUAGAUGGUAGCUACAUUUCCAUUAGAAAGCCUAAGAAUAAAAUACGUUCAACCUACACAAAUAGACAUGAUUGUGCAUCAAUAACGUUGCAAGGAAUUUGCGAUGCAAAGCUACGUUUUCUGGACGUAUAUACAGGCAUUCCUAGCAAAAUUCAUAAUUCGCGGGUUUUAAAAUUAUCGUUUUCGCCAGCUAAUGCGUCUCGAUUUUCACAAUGUGGAAGUCAUGGCCAAAUUUAUUAUAGCUUGUUGUGCUCUUCAUAA